AAAUCCUUAUAUGUAAGUCUAAGUAAAGACCAAAGGGGGAGCGUGUGAUUACAGUUAUUGUUAAAUCCAAAUGCUGAGACUGCUUGCGGUUUAAGGCGACAAAGCCGCUACAAGCAGCUGACUUUUUUUAUCGAUUGCAAAACCAUGUUAAAUGACGAGCCCACUCAAGUUCCGCUGCUGGCCAAGUUGGUGUAUGGCUCGUACAGUGAAGAAAAAUCAAAGAAAACUCUUAUACAAGAUGAAGGAGUUGGAAGUUCGUGCUUAAAGUGUAACUCAUGCGAAGGUUUGGAUUUUCAUUUCUGGAGAAAGGUAUGCAAAAAUUGUGGUUGCAAGUUUGAAGACCAUGACAUAGAGGUGAACAAAAACACUCACGAAGAGAUUGUGUAUAACCUACUUAAUUCUACAGACGAUUUGUCGUCCGUCGAAUACAGCAGCGAGGACGAUGAGACGUUGGAAGCACAUCCACUUACAAAAGAAUUUCGAAGAAAUAAGCAAAAACCAAUCUAUUCUAAAAUUGAACCAGAAAUUCUUCAACCCUACGAAUCGUUUCAAAAAGAAACAGAAGUCAAAAUUGGACGCUAUCAGAAAAAAAGUCGUCGCCGAAAAUCCUGCCAAGCUCAGAUUGAUGUAGAUGAAAAUAACAAUAAUUGCUAUGCCCGAGUUCAAAAUGCUUGUAAGGUGUCGCCAGAAAACAUGGCAAGUAAGCAGAGACAGCUGGCCGGACAGAUUCCUGCACAGGAUUUUGACUCGUCGUACUGUUAUGAACUGAGUGACGAUGAAAGAGAGGAACUUCUGCUCUUUUCAAAACAAGUCACCGAAUAUGCAAUUGGAAAAGCAGUUGAAAAAAGAAACAUUUCAAUGACAGAAUAUACGUGCGAUUUUUGUGCCUUUCCUAUACCGCCACAAGACCUGUUUAUAUUUGCUGAGCGACUUCCAGACAAAGCUUGGCAUCCUGCGUGUUUUAAGUGCAUCUCUUGUAGCCAGAAAUUGAUAGACGAGAUAUACUUUUGUCAUGAAAACAAAAUCUAUUGUGGUCGACAUUAUGGAGAAAUAUUUAAAGCACGAUGCAAAGCUUGCGACGAGCUCAUAUUUUCAAAGGAAUACACAAAUGCUGACAACGCAAAUUGGCAUCAACGUCAUUUUACCUGCUUCGAAUGCAACAAACAAUUAGGAAACUGCAACUAUGUAUCAGUUUUUCAGCAGCCAUAUUGCUUACCUUGUUACCAUGACAGCGUUGCCGAACGGUGUUUCGCUUGUGAUUUACCGAUAGACGUGGACAGUGAAAGAUUUGUGUUGGACAACAUGAGUUGGCACAUCGAUUCGUCGUGUUUUUCUUGUCAGCAAUGUCGGAAAAUAUUAGAAGAUAUAACUUUUGUUGUAGAGAAUAAGAAGGUGUUUUGUUCUGAUGCUUGUUCAAUAAGUAACCAAUAGUCACAAUAUAGAAUACGAGAACAUAUAAUUGCCUAACCUUGUUUUAGGGGCUACUACGAUGAAAUUAACAUUAGAAUGUUGGUAUUUUUGUAAAACUCUUAUAUAAUCCAAUCUACUAAUAGUUUUAUCCAUAUUGAUCAUUACCGGA